AUGCCCUCGCUGUCGACAAGCAGGGCUCUCGCACUCUUCGCGAGCCUUGUUGCUGUCGCCAAUGCAGCAGUAGCGCCGACGGAACCUAGCAAUGCCAAGCAGGUCUUUACGGCCGGUCAGAAGUGCUCGUUCAAGUACGAUCUCGACAAGACGGGCGAAUGGACGUCGAUGGACAUCAACAUCACUCGCGUUGCCAGCGGGCUCGACGGCACCAAGGGAGACGGGCGACACUCGUUCACCUGUCCUCAGGUCGACCCGCCGGCGCCGAUCUACUUCUACCAGUUCACGAUGAACGGGACCGAUCCGGUCUGGACGACGAGGUUCACGCUUGCUAGCCCGACCAACGAGACAGUCGACGCUCCGUACUCGAAACAGUUUGACGGCUCGGAUGUGCCCUGGGGAGUCGGUCGCCUCAUCUCGGCGGCGCCUGUCUCUUCCGGCUCGCACAACGACACUCCUGGCCCGCCCUACUGGUUUACGCAAGGUUGGCCGAGCCAGUCGACCGCGUCUGCUUCUUCUGCCUCCGCUUCGAGCGCCUCAAAGGGCUGGACCUGGGGACCAACGACCGCUUCCAGCGCACCUGCGUCGACAGCGACGUCUUCGGCCCACACGGGCAUCACUGGCUUCCACGAAGACGGACGCUGCGACGCCAACAAUAAGUGUCCCGAGACUGCGCCGUGUUGCAGCGAGUUUGGCUUCUGCGGGACUGGCAGGAACUGUCUCGCCGGCUGCAACCCGCUCGCCUCGUUCGGUCCGACCGCUUGCGCUCCGGUCCCUGCUUGCAAGAAUGGUGAGUACCGCAUCAACUGGGACGCCAACCGCGUCCUCAGGAACUCGUCCGUCUGGAACGGCGACGCCGAUACUUACGACUGGAUGGUCGACGACCUCGGAAAGGCGGAUCUCGGCGCCGUCACGGCUGACGGAACUUCCGGCACCUCGGCUCUCACGCUCAGCUUGACGAAAGAAGCGAACGGGACGACUAUCUCGUCCACUCGUUCAAUCCUGUACGGCAACGUCACCGCCAAGAUCAAGUCGGUCGCAGGAGCAGGAAUCGUCACGACUUUCUCGCUCGCAAGCGGAACCGGCGACGAGAUCGACUGGGAGUUUACGACAAACAGCAGUACGACUGCUCAGACGGCUUACUUUUCUAGAGGACAAGUCAACGGUUACGAGUCUGGCAAGGCGGUCAACGUGACGGACCGCGAGAAGGACUUCCACGAUUACACGAUCUCGUGGACGCCGGAUCAGCUCACUUGGCUCGUCGACAACGUUGUCGUUCGCAACGUCUCGCGGAACUCGACCGCAGAUCCGUCCAACCCGCACAUCUUCCGCUACCCCCGCACACCCGCGCGGAUUCGCUUCUUCAUCUGGGCCGCAGGCGUUGAAGGCGCAUCGCCGGAGAUUGUCGACUUCGGCGGCGGCAUGGUCGACUGGGACGACAAGCAGUACCAGAAGAACCACUACUUUGCCUCUUACGUCUCGUCCGUUAAGGUCGCUUGCUAUAAUCCUGGCUUGGUCUCGACAUUGCCCAUGGGUCAAGACGCCCCAUACGACCAGCCUGGAGCAAAACCCCUGUCGUCCGACCCCUUCUCCGAGAUCGCCAACGCUUUCUCGUCUCGGUCAUCCGUCUCUUCCUCAGCCUCUCGUGCGCCGUGGUGGAAUCCGCCGAGCGCCGCUGCCGAGGAUGCGAGCCCGCUACCGACGCUUUUUGCUGGCUGGAGUGGGCGUGCGCGGCUCGGCAAGAGGGAAGAAACGAUUGUUUCGAUGCGGGAGAAGCGGGCAGACGCGAACUCGAGUCCCGCUUCCUACCAGUACACCGGACUCGACAUGAACGGCUUGCUGAACAUCCUCGGCGGUCAAGCGGUUACGACGACUAACGACGACUCAGCAACCGGUCUCAACUGGCCAGGCUUGUCCAGCAUCAGCUCCUCCGUUUCCGCAUCUGCUCCCACGUCUGCUUCAUCUGCUACGAGCGAUUCGAAGUCGGCAUCUUCGUCCUUGUCGGCUUCCGCUUCGAAGGCGUCCGCUACGUCCUCAGCAUCAGCCGCCUCGCCGAGCGAGACUUCCGAGCCGCAGACGAUCCAGGAAAAGUGGGAUCGGCUCGGAACGGCUGCUCAUAUCGGUAUCUAUAUCGGUGGAGGCCUUGCCGCGCUCUUCAUUCUGGUUCUGGUCGGAUGGCUCUGGCGCAAGGCAGCCUCGUCUCGCAAGCAGACUCCCGGCCCGGACGCUCGCGGUCCUUACGAGCCUAUCGGCGACAUGGGCGAGAUGCAGCCUGCCGGCGCCAUCUACCGGGGCAACGGUCAGAUUGAGCCUGGCCAGGACCUCUACUCCGGCGGACAGAUGCCCUACAUGGCCGCCGCCACUGCGCCAGCCCCUGCGGGUCCAUCCGCCUCUCGCAAGUCGUCGUCAGCCUCGACGCGCAGCAAAUACGACCAGAUGGCCGGCAGCGUGCCGGGCUUUGUCUCGUCAAGCAGUCUUCGCGCGAAGAAGUGA